AUGUUCCAUUGGCUUUUACUGUGUGUAACUGUUGGUUUGGUAAGGUUUUCUUUGGCAUUUUUACUUUACAAAGCGAUAAAUGGCAAGAACUUUCUUUACAAAACUAGAAAUAGCAAGAACUUUCUUCGUAAAACGAAAAAAGGCAAGAACUUUCUUUACAAACAAAAAAGUAGCAAGAACUUUCUUUACGGAACAAGAAAUGGCAAGAACUUUCUUUACAAAACAUAAAAUUGCAAGAACUUUUUUUACAAAACAAAAAAUGGCAGGAACUUUCUUUACAGAACAAAAAAUUGCAAAAACUUUCUUUACAAAGCUUAAAAUGGCAAGAACUUUCUUUAAGAGUUUCAGAACGAUAAAAUUUUGUUUUUUAAGCAAUUUUCAAUCAUUUUCAAAAUCUAAUAAAAUUUGUGACAUUUCGUCAAAAAUCAAUAAAUUUUUUGACACUUCGUUAAACUUUGUAUUUUGACUUUUUUGAAUUAGAAAUGACAUUUUUAACUGAAAUUUUGCUUUUCAAACAAAAAAUAGCAAAAACUUCCUUUACAAACUAACAAACAGAUAUCAUUCGUAUAACAUGUCACCCGCAGCUUGCCUAACAUAAUAUAAUCUUUUCUCUAUUCCAGCUGCUCCAUCCUGGCUCAUCAGCAUGUACGGACGAAAACCAGCCUUCGAACUCAAUUCAAGGCUGUACCUGGGACAAGACCACGUCCAAGAAGGGCUGUGUGGUCUACAAACUCAACUGUACUGAUAGUACUAUCGACGCGGGCUGCCUUCUACAGCCUUUGUCCGGACCGUGCUCGGCCAAGUCCACCAAGUACUACUAUGAUACGAAGAAUGGCAAAUGUUCCCCAUUCAUCUACGGUGGUUGUAGUGGUAAUGACAACAACUUUGACAGUCUAGCCGACUGUCAGGACGUCUGUAUUAGCGGAAAGGCUAGGAAGAAGACUGACUCGCUAGUCUUGGCAUCUUCAUCUAGUCUGAACUGUACUGGUGUUAAUGAAGAGGCUAUUGUUUGCGGUGCUUGUGAUCAGUACUGUGAUAGUACGAAGAGUCAGACGUGCUCGCUGUUGUGUCGCGAGACUGAGUGUGGAUGUAAAACUGGAUAUCUAAGGGAUAAUGAUGGUAAAUGUGUUGCUCAAAGCAACUGUAAUGCUGAUGGAAGCUCUAAGAGUAGUGAUAGUGGGACUACGGUAGGGUCAAGCCGGUUUACGGUGGGAUCAAGUGAUGUUACGGUAGGGUCAAGUGGGAUAAGUGGAUCAAUAUCAUUGACAACACUAAUUCAACAACAAAUUGACUUACUACAGUCUUCCACGUCUACUACAGAGGCUACUACUACUACUGUACCUACUACAACAAUCACUCCUAGUACUACAACAACCACCCCCAGUACUAUCACAACUACCCCUAGUACCACUACAACCACUCCUACUACUACAACAACCCACCGUACCACUACCCCAACUACAACCCACAGUACCACCCCCAUCACAACUACAGUACCCCUUACUACCAUCUUUACCACCCCUACCGUACUAUCGUCUACAAUACCUCAUGUAAACCCAUGUGAUGUGAUAACAUGUCCAAGUUAUGCUACUUGUAAUGCGAGUGCAUGUGUACCAGAAGCCGGAAACAAGUGUGGUACACUCAAGUUGGCAUUACCGCCAACCGGCUGUAGUUACAAUUAUACGCAGCUGAGUGGAGGGUGUGAACAACCUGUCAUGGUUUGUAGUGGUAAGGAGUUUUUAUGUCAUUUUAUGAGUUGGAAUGAAAGUUUUUGCCAUUUCAAAGCGUGUAAAUAAAGUACUUGCAAUUUUACAGACUGUAAAGAAAGUUCUUGCUUUUUUGUUUUGCAAACAAAGUUUUUGUCAUUUGUAUGCUAUUUUUUUGAUUUAAAAGCAAAAUUGCAAUUAAAAAUGUCAUUUUUGAUUUAAAAAAAGCUAAGUGUAAAAUUAAACGGAAUGUCAAAAAAAUAUUGAUUUUUGACGAAAUGUCACAAAUUUUAUUGGAUUUUGGAAAUUAUUAAAAAUUGUUUUAAAAACAUUAUUAUUUAAAUUUUAAUUUUUGGAAACAAAGUUCUUGCCAUUUUUUGUUUUGUAAAGUAAGUUUUUGCAAUUUUUUGUUUUGUAAAGAAAGUUUUUGCCAUUUUUUGUUUUGUAAAGAAAUUUAUUGCCAGUUUUUGCAAAAUUAAAGAACUUUGCUUUUUUAGACCUAAAAUGUGGCCAAAACGAAGAAGUGAAGCCAUGUGGAGCCUGUGACGCUACUUGUGGUGCACCCGUCUGUAAAACGGCCCCAACCUGCGCGGCCAAAGAGUGUGGUUGUUUACGAGGCUAUGUUCGCAACCCUCGUGGUCAGUGCGUCCAGAAGAGUGCUUGUCCCAAGAAGAAAAAGACCAAACAGUAA